CCGUUGGUGGGUUUCUUGGGUUUUUUCUAAUCUUCGUGAACCCAAAUCUUCCGAGUCUCAAGAACUCUCAUCAAUAGUUACUAAAAGAAGAAGUUAUAGGGCUUUCUUCUGCUUCUUUUUUUCUUUUGUCUAUAACAAAAACCCUAGAGAGAAGAAGAAGACACAGACAGAUUAGUGAGUGCCCAAUAAAUAUGGAUGAGUACCAGAACAUGGAUAGAUUUGGAAUGGAAAACGAUUUCGAAGAUGGGCAAUGGAUUGGUGGUGAGUUCUAUUACAGGAAACGCAAGGAGAAGCGACAACAGACCAAGGAAGACGUCCUAUUUGGUGUCUUUGCCGAUAGCGAUUCUGAUGCCGACGAUGGUUCUUCCAGGAAGCGACGGAAGGAUUUCUCCAAGAAGUCUGAUUUCACCAAGCCCGUGAAUUUUGUUUCCACUGGUAUUGUGAUGCCUAAUCAGGAGAUUGAUAAGAAUGCUAAGGAAGAGAAGAAUGAGGAGAUGGAGAUGGAAUUGGAGGCAGAUGAGGAGGAUGGGAGCUCCUCUGGGUUGGGGCUUGGAGCAAAUAAUGCUGGAUUAGGGUUGGGGUUUAAGUCAAAUUCGGCGAAGAAAGAUAGUCGAGGAGAGAAUGGUGGUGGUGGUGGUGGUGGUGGUGGUGAUGAUGAUGAUGAUGAUUUUCUCCCCACUGCCUUUGGGAGAAAGAUCAAGGAGGGUGCGCAACAGCGGGAGCGAGAGAGGGAGAAGUCCAAAUUGGCUUCAAAAUCUCAAGGAGGGAGGAAGGAACCACAGUUUGGUGAUGUAGGGGUGUUUGAAAAGCAUACGAAGGGGAUUGGGUUGAAAUUGCUUGAGAAGAUGGGGUACAAAGGAGGAGGUUUGGGUAAGAAUGAGCAAGGUAUUGUUGCUCCAAUCGAAGCGAAGUUGCGUCCUAAAAACAUGGGAAUGGGUUUUAAUGAUUACAAAGAGACAAAGUUGCCAGUAUUGGAAGAAUCAGAGGAGAAGAAAUCUGUACCUGGAGUUGCUCAACCUGCAGGUCGAGCAAAAGAGAAGCUUUGGUCCAAGAAAAAUCGGGGUAAGAAGAAAGAAUAUAUUACUGCUGAAGAGUUGUUGGCAAAGAAGCAAGAGCAGGGUCUGGAGGUUGUUCAGAAGGUGCUUGAUAUGAGGGGACCGCAGAUUCGGGUUUUAACAAAUUUGGAGAACUUGAAUGCUGAAGAAAAGGCUAAGGAAAAUGAUACACCAAUGCCUGAGCUUCAACACAAUAUCAGAUUGAUUGUAGAUUUAGCUGAGCUUGAUAUACAGAAACUGGAUAGGGAUUUAAGGAAUGAGAGAGAGACUGCAGUGAGUUUGCAGGGGGAGAAGGAGAAGCUCCAGAAGGAGGCAAUUCAGCAGAAGAAGCAAUUGGAUAAUAUGGAAUACAUUGCUGGCAUAUUGAUUCGAAUAGGUCAGGAGAAUUCAUCUGGGACUUUGACACUGGAUUCGCUUGCAAAGGCAUUCAGUGAGUUACAGAGGAGAUAUACUGAUGACUACAAACUCUGCAAUUUGUCAUGCAUUGCUUGUUCAUUUGCCUUGCCUCUACUAAUUAGAGUCUUACAGGGAUGGGAUCCACUUCAAAAUCCAUUGCAUGGGUUGGAGGUGAUGUCUUCAUGGAAAGAUCUGUUGCAAGGGGAUGAUCCCUUUGAUUACUCAGAUGCUGUGUCUCCCUAUGUCCAGUUGGUCAUGGAAGUUGUCUUUCCUGCUGUGAGAAUCUCUGGGACAAAUACAUGGAAAGCCAGGGAUCCUGAACCAAUGCUGCGGUUUCUGGAAUCAUGGGAGAAGUUAUUGCCUCGUUCAGUUCUUCAGGCCAUUCUAGAUAAUGUUGUUAUGCCAAAACUAUCGGAUGCUGUAGAAUCAUGGGAUCCACGUCGGGAGACCGUGUCUAUUCAUGUCUGGGUGCAUCCAUGGCUUCCUUUGUUGGGACAUAAGUUGGAGAGUUUGUAUCACACAAUACGGUUCAAACUGGGAAAUGUACUUCAUGCAUGGCACCCCAGUGAUGCUUCUGCUUACACAAUGCUGUCUCCUUGGAAGACUGUAUUUGAUCCAGCCAGUUGGGAACAGCUGAUUGUUCGAUAUAUAGUUCCAAAGUUGCUGAAUGUAAUGCAGGAGUUCCAGGUGAACCCAGCAAAUCAAAAGCUAGAUCAGUUUUAUUGGGUUAUGUCUUGGGCAUCUGCUAUUCCAAUUCACCACAUCGUCUCGAUGUUAGAAGUUGGUUUUUUUACAAAGUGGCAACAGGUUUUGUAUCACUGGUUGUGCUCUAACCCUAAUUUUGAAGAAGUCACACAGUGGUAUUUGGGCUGGAAAGGACUUCUUCCUGCAGAAUUACUUGCAAAUGAGCGUGUCCGUUAUCAGCUUAACAUUGGGCUUGAUAUGAUGAACCAGGCUGUUGAAGGUAUGGAGGUGGUACAACCUGGAGCUAGAGAGAAUAUUACCUAUCUUAGGGUCACAGAACAGAGACAGUUUGAGCAGCAGAAAGCAGCAGCAGCUUAUGCUCAACAACAAGCUUCAGAGUUAAGCUUGAAAGAAGUCAUUGAGACUUAUGCACAGCAGCAUGAGUUACUUUUUAAGCCUAAACCUGGUAGAAUGUACAAUGGUCUUCAGAUCUAUGGUUUUGGCAAUGUAAGCAUAUAUAUGGACUCCUUAAAUCAGAAGGUCUUUGCGCAAACGGAGGAUGGGUGGUCAUUGGUGUCUUUAGAACAGUUGCUGGAUAUGCACCAAAGUGCUGGUCAGAAACGGCGUUGAGUUCUAUACACAUGAGUCCUAUUGACAAUGCAUCCUGAGACCCAAGCUAACUUGCAUGGACUGAAGAAUAUGCUCUUACCAGUUACCAUUGCCAAUGUGAUAUAUCUUCAGGGUAUUGCCUUUUUGCCUUCCCAUUUCUUGCCUCUUAUGUCUAAAGAUAUGGAAACAGUUCCUCAUUUUUUAAUUGCCCAAAUGGUUUUGAACUAUAGGUAGAAGGGGUGUUUGACAACCUGUAAAAGCUUUAUACAUGGAGAGGAUCAGACAUUUAAUUCUUGGAGCUGAAAAUUGUGGAAACUUAUAUUGUUAGCCACUCUCUUGAGCAAAUGAAAGGAAAGAAAUAUGUGGUGAUGGUGGGGUCAGACAUUUAAUUGUUGGAGCUGAAAACUGUAGAAACUGAUAUUAGCAACUACUUUUUGGCGCAAAUAGAGGGAAAGAAACAUAGGGCUUCUAUGAACCGUCAAGGUUCAGCUUUAUUGGUUGCUAGAAGGGCUGUCUUUAACCACCUAGAGCUGAUUUGAUUUACAGGCUUGGUCAUGGAAAUGAUUUCCCAGCCAUGAGAUGCUGUUUCUUUUUUAAGCAUGGCCUACUCCCAUCAGUCUUUGAAGUUUAGUCUCAAUUCAGUGGAAUGUAAUGAGAUCUUUCUUUUAAGCUUCAACUUGUAAAGAAUUCUGAAAUGCUUUGAGAUAUCAGAAGUAAAUUGAAAUUUUAAUUGUUGUUAUUAUUAUUAAUUUUUUUCCUGACUGGCUUACUUUGUACAUUGUAACUGCUGCCAUCUCUGUAAUCUUACUAUGUCACAAUAAGGAAUUAAGAUUGACUACUUU